AUGAUGUGCCGCUAUUUUUUACUAGAAUCUACCGAACAAGAUGAAGUUUUAGGGGUACCCACGUUAACAACAACUGGUUAUAAUGAACAAUCAUUAAUAAUAAUAAUACGUCAAAUAUGUACUCAGUUGCACUUAAUAUUUGUUAAUAUUGAUACUUUUAUAAAAACUCGAGGGCAAGCUUAUCAUUCGAAACAAUUACGAUCAAAUCAACGCAGUAAUUUUGAACGUUUUAUUAAUAUUUAUAAUAAUUUUCGUCAAACAGUUUUAUUUAUGUGUCAUCUCAAUGCAAGUAUUAUUUUCUCAUUGGAUAAUAUUCGCUGUAUAGACUUAAAAUAUUCUUCAUUAUUAAUGAAACUUCUAAGAAUUUGGUUAACCUUUGCUGAAAAUACAGUUACAUUAUCAAAUAUAAUACGAAACCGAUGGGAUGAAAUAGCUGCUUUAUGUUUAACAUCGAUCGAGAAAUCAACAAAAUCUAUACUUAAAUUGUGA